AUGGGAACUGUUGUGUAUCAACAAGGGUUUCAGUCAUCUCAGCUUAAUGAGCCUAGAGCUUUAAGGCUUAGGCUAUCUUCACCAAAUCCUCACUUCUCUCAACCCUUUGGUUUAGCUCUUAAGUCUCAUUUCCUUGACUCCUGUAAUGAAGAGGACACCCGAAACCGUAACGUUGACAAACCAGCUGCUUCCUCCGGACCUGACUCGAGUGGCUGGAGCUUUCUCCAGUCCCUAUCCUCUGGCUCCUCCUCCUCUUCCUCCUCUCUCUCAAAAACGACGAGCUCUGAGAAAGAGAAGACUUAUGUUCAACGUCCGUCUUCCUGUAGAACUCUAAGCGACCAGAGCUUAGCAUUGUGCACUGAGAAUCUUGGAAGCGAAACUGGCUCUGAUGCUACUGACGUCGAAGAUUUGUUUUCGCUUUCUUUAUCUGACGUGCAGACCAAGAAACCCGAGGACACAACAAUGGAGACAAGAACGUUAAAAAGUAGGAAAAGGAGUGUGAGCCCUAGUGAUCUCCCACCUCCUUUGACCAGUAUGAGAGGGUCUCAUUGCAUUCAAAUGAGACCACACCGUGAAGAUGGAAGAUUGGUCAUGACUGCCAUAAAGGCACCGCCUCGUAACCAGUGCCUUCAAGCUGACCGAAGCAACGGUCGUCUCCGACUCUCAAUCUUGAAAGACAAAGAUGAGUUUGUGGAGAACGAAGAAGAGACUAUGGAGUCUGAAGAAACCGAAGAAUACGAGGAGGAGGAAGAAGACAAAGAAGAUGACGUAAUGGAUAUGGAGAAUGUUCAAAGAUCAAGAAGAUGUGUUGAUGCCGAUCGAGAAAACAGGGGAUUGCUAAAUUGGGAAUCUUUCUGCGUUGCUACUUCCUAA